GGCCCUCCUGGGGAGAUAGCAGCUUGUCAGCAUGGCUCAGGAGUUUGUGAACAGCAGAAUCCACCCUGGGAAGGUGGUUGUGUUCAUCAAGCCCACCUGCCCCCACUGCAGAAAGACCGAUGAGAUCCUUUCCCAAUUGCCUUUCAAACAAGGGCUCUUGGAAUCUGUUGAUAUCACAGCCACCAACAACGUAAGUGCAAUUCAGGAUUAUCUCCAACAGCUCACAGGAGCAAGAACAGUACCUCGGGUUUUUCUAGGUAAAGAUUGUAUCGGUGGAUGUUCUGAUCUAAUAGCUUUGCAACAGAGUGGAGAGUUGUUGAAGAGGCUAGAGGAUAUGGGGGUUCUAAAAUAAUUACAGAGCCCCCUGGCUGAUGUCCCCUUGGGAGCUGGAUGGCAUCACAAAGGAUGACAGAUUUCCUGGUGGAUGGAUCUGGGACUAUUCCUUCCCAGCUACAGCAACUGUUUACUUAAAAUUCUGGAAUAUUUUAACCAAAAAAA